UGUUAUGCAUAAUUUUUUUAUUUUUUAUUUCCUUAAAAAACAUGAAUUCAUGCAAUAAAAUAUGAAAUUUGUAAGUGAAGAGCAUAUAUUAAAGAAUGGGGAAUAGAAGGCCAAAUAAUUGGAGUUUUAUAGGUAAAGCUUUAAAUGAAGGGAAGAUGGAAAACUAAAUAGAAAGCAAACAAAAACAGAAGUCCUUUUUCUAGGCAAUAGACCUCUGUUUCUUUGUACCUCUUCAUAACUACAUUUCCCAUAACUCUUCAGUCCUUAGACAAGAAUCGUUUAAUCUCGACCCACUUUUGCAAUGGCUUCAUAAUGUAUUAGCCAUUAAUUGAUAUCAACGUAUUAAGUAUCACGAGUCAACUCAAGCAUAACUUGACUACUCGAGACAUACCUGAUGUUCGAAUCCCUCUCUCUUCUCUCUCAAAAGGAAAUGAAAUGAAAAGAAAAGGGAUUGAUUUAUUCAAUUGGGACCCCCAAGAACAGAGAGAUGCAGUGCAGGAGCAAGACAAAGGCUAUACCAUUUCCUUUCACUGUAGCAUUUUUGUCAACACUUCACCACCACCACUUCAAUUCUCUGAACCCUUUUUUUCCCAUUUCAACACUCCAAUCCUUCUCUCAUUCUCUCACUCAAAAUAUGGCUUUAAACAAUUCCCUCUUUCUCAUUCUCCCUCUCAUAUUCUCCCUCUCUGUCUUUCACCCCACAUCAGUUUUGGGAAUCUCAGGGAAUGAAGAUUCAAAGCAGAAGGAAUUGGCUAUUGGGUCAAGGCCACCAAAGUGCUUCAACAAGUGCUUGAAUUGCAAGCCAUGUGUUGCUGCUUUGGUCAUUUCUCAGCGCCACAAAGGUGAUGAUAGUAACAACGGCGGUGUUGUUUCUAAUUUGGAGGCGGCUCAAGUUCCCAAAGAUGAUGCCUAUUAUCUUCUCUCAUGGAAAUGCAAGUGUAAAGAUAAGUACUUUCAACCUCGAAAAACAUAAAAACACUUCCAUUUUUCAUUGUUUCACCCAAAUUUUUAUGUAUGCCUACGUAUCAUAAUAUAGUGAUUCUUGAGAGAGUUUUUUUUUGGUGCUUUUUCUUCUGCUCUCUUUGUUCAAGGGAAUGGAACUGAAUGUAAAUUUACAAGAUUUUGAUUUGAAAAACAUGUGGGCAUUAAGUGUGGAAUGUAUGAGUAUUUAAUGCAUAUAAGUUAGUUGUUUUCGUUGAAUCAAAUGAAUGGAUUGCUCAUAAA